UCAGGAGCAUUCCGCGCCGAGGCUCUUCAGUCUUCGACGGUGCGACGAAGGGACCUGUCCUUACUUGCUCCGGCGACGACCAGCGAUCACCGGCACCUGAAACACUCUGUCGACGUCACCGCUGUUGCCAACCAUUGCAACAGAUUUUCGUUUCGCGCCGUCCGGCAGCCAUUGGCAUUAUUUGACAGCUGCCCCGUCUCGUUUCGUACAUGAGGAACGAUCAGUUGCCCGAAGAAAAGGCGGAAUCGGCAAGCACGCCCGAUCCUCGCAAUCCAUCGACCGAAGGUGCUCCACCAAUUAUACCCUACGCGCCACUGGCGACACUACAGGAUAGAUUGGACGCGCUCGAGGGUUAUUUCGCCGCUCAACGAGGUGAUGAACCACUGCCAAACAACCCGCCAAUCGCCAGAAUCGCCCCCACCAUCGCGGCCCAGCCUUCAGUCUCUCUACCGGCCAUCGGAUUCCCGUUCGAAAACGUCAACAUGCCCGGAAACCGCGCGGUCAACAUCUCUUCCUUCCAACUCCCCAACCCCACCGCCGACAAGUUCUCCAGCGCUGCAGCCGCAACUACCGCCGCCAACUUCUUCAGCACCGCAAAUUCAGCCGGAACCGCGCCCGCAACCCCCCGCGUGGCCCCUAUACUUUCCACUGGACGGGACCCCUCCUACUCCGCCACAUACGCCUCCGCCUCCACCAACACCGCCACCUACUCCUCCUCACCGGUCCGCGACGCCACCAAUACAUGUCUAUACUGUGUAGCGUCCACUUCUCACGCUUUACCCGCAUUAAACCUCAGCUCCCCGCCCGCCUCCAACUCCGACACUGACUCCGCCACCAGCCCUGAAUCUGUCGCCGCCAAUGAACUCUUGCGCCAACCCGUUCCCGGGGCCUUCCGCCGCCGUAUAUUCGCCGACAUCGGCGACGAGGAAAUGGACGAACAGCGGAUGCCGCGCAAGGUGGCCAAACUGUCGGAGCAGCACUUGAUGGUCAACAUCGGCAACUGCGGCGGUGUUGACGAUGACAUGAUGAUGGAUUGCACAACAUCCGAAUGAUGCUGAUAAUGUUUUUAUCGACGACCCCUCCAAUAAUCGCAAACAAUAUUUUAACGUUUUAUAAAGCUUUGUCAAUAUCAUAUAUAACUGACGGUCGUCGAUAUUUCACAUUUUUUUUUAGUAAUUAUACUUUUAUUAUUUUUUCAUUAUAUUUUCUAAAUGACUUAUACUUUAACGUUUCGUUAGCGCCACACGUCCAUACAGUUAAUGCGUUUGUUCGUCAAAAACAGUCGAGAAACUAAAUCUCAGCUUAUUAUACCUAGGUACUAUGUAAUACCUAUAGAACAUAUUGGUAGGUAUACAAAACCCGUUACAUAAUCAGCCGCCAAAUCCGCAAGUCGUAGCGAUUACGCGAAAAAAAAAACCAUUCGACUUUUCAAUCUACUUCAAGCAGAAGUAGGUCAGCACUAGAGAGUAGUAUCCAAAUUUUAAAUAAUUUUUGAAAAACGCCGCUUUUUUCCAUGUGCGUACGAAAAGAGUUGUAACUAUUUUACAAAAAAUAUCUAAGUGUUUGUAUGUAUUUUUUUUUUAACUUGUAAACAACUUUUUUCGUGACCGAGUGGACGAAAAAAACGGACGACAAAAAAACUGGCACGAAGAAAAUAUCGUCUUCAGUGUCACAACGGUUUUUGCAAACGAUUCUCGGCCGAAUGGGCGUGUGGCGUCUUUUUUUUUUAUUAUUAUGAUAUUAUUACGUCCGAGGGUGGCGUAUUAGCUUUAAAACUACAUAAAAUCGCGAGCUCUUCGAAAGCUCAUAAUAUUGUACUCGUUUACACUGUAAAAGCAUAUUAAAUAUUUUAAUGUUGACACUAAAUGUGUGUGAAUUAUUAUUUUGUGCAUCAAAUUCAUAUUUUUAUAUGUUUUAUCCGUCUCACGGUCAAUCUCGAUAAUAAUUAUUUCAGGAAACCUGUAUCGAUUGCUUAACGCUUAUUUUUAUAAUAACAUAACGGUUAUAAUUACUCUUAUUGAACACGAUUUUAAUGUAACAAUUUGUGUGUACUUAUACCGUCGUUUCGAAGCUGUAUUUUAAUAAUUAA